UGGUACCCUCGCCGGAGCUCAGCAUCAGAGCCGAGCCCAGCGCCGCCCUGCACGCCUGUCCCCCUUCUCCCUGCGGCUCCCAGACCAGACACGGGCACGAUGCGGUUGUUAGUAGCAGUGUUAGCGGUGUUAGUGGGCGGCUCACAUGUACAGGCACAGGCAUACUACCCGCGCGCCCCCCUGCGUCCGAUCGCACCCUACCGCUACUCCCUCGAAAGAGUAGCGUCACAGGGUCGGAUCUCCACGGGGGCGUCUACAGGGGGCUUCAGCAGCUUUGAAAGGGGGAGCACCGACCCCUGCCGCCCCACCCCCUGCGGGCCUAACACAAGAUGCGAGGUGAACCCCUCCGGGAUCGCCCUCUGUCGCUGCAUUGAGGGUUAUGUCCCCGACGGCCACACGAUCAACGGAUGCAAGCCCCAGUGCACCGUGAACGACGACUGCCCCGACGAUUACCGCUGCAGGGCCAACCAGUGCGUGCGUGUGUGCGUGACGGGUGCUUGUGGCCUCAACGCAGACUGUACGGCCCGGAACCAUGUCGCCCAGUGCAGAUGCCCGCCCAGAUACCGCGGCGACGCUCACAUCUCCUGCAGCCUGGAAGAGCCUGAGAGUAAAGCGGCCCCCCCUGCCCCCUACGUAAGCCCGUGCGCCCGCGAGCCCUGUGGUAUCAACGCCAACUGCAGGGAGGAAGGAGAGAGACCAGUGUGCUCCUGCCCCGUCGGCUAUGAAGGCAACCCGCUCCAACAAUGCAUCCGCGGCGAGUGUAUUGACAGCGACGACUGCCCCGACUACCAAGCCUGCAAGGGUCUCCGCUGCAUCGACCCCUGCUCCCUGGAACUCUGUGCCAGGAACGCCGAGUGUGUCACGCGCAACCACCAGCCGGUCUGUUCCUGCGGCCGUGGCAUGGUGGGCGACCCUUUCGAAGGCUGCCGCCGCUUCCUACCCGAGGAGCUGUGCAACCCGUCCCCUUGCGGGAGGAACACGAAAUGCGAGGUGUCUGGCGACCGAGCCAAGUGCUCCUGCAUCACCAACUACAUCGGCAACCCCCUCCAAGAGUGUCGCCCAGAGUGUGUGAGCGACUCCGAGUGUCCGCACAAUAUGGCCUGUCGCAACAACAUCUGCGUCAACCCCUGCGUGAAAGCCUGUGGUGAGAACGCCUACUGUGAUGUGAGAAAUGCGCGCGCUGUCUGCUCCUGCCCCGAACACUACCAAGGAGACCCAUACAGCAGAUGCUACGCCGAGUGCACUAGCCACGACGAGUGCGGCUCCACUCGUGCGUGCGUGAGGCUGAGGUGCGUUGAUCCCUGCAUCGGUGCGUGUGGCAUCGGCGCCGACUGCAAGGUGUCCAGGCACCAGGCGAUCUGCUCCUGCCCCAAGACACACACCGGCGACCCCUUCAAGUCCUGCCGCGCCUUCACACGAGAGGACCACUGCAAUCCCAACCCGUGCGGGACCAACGCUGAAUGUACCCCGGGUUACGACAAGGACGGGAACGACAGGGCGGUGUGCACGUGUCCCCGUUACUACAUUGGAAACCCGCUCAUCUCCUGCCAGAAGGGAGAGUGUGAGACCAACGACCAGUGCCCACGGAACCAGGCCUGUUACCUGUACGAGUGCAAGAGCCCUUGCUUCACACUAGAGGGCGAUAGCGUGUGUGGCGAGAACGCGCAAUGCAACGUCAAGGAACACCAGCCGGUUUGCUCCUGCCCCUCAGGCUACAAUGGUGACCCACGACACGGAUGUUACAUCGGCGCCAGCGGCAGUACCGGCGGCAGGUUCGCUAGCAGCAGGUUCACAGCGGGACGGGCAAAGUAGGGACACGCUAGCGGGGACGAGAGGGUAAGAGAGAGGAGUGGGGUAGGGACGGGCGGUGGAGGGGUGGUAAGUCUCCUCGAGCGAAGAGAAGAGGAGUCCAGAAGAAGAAGACUUGAGGAAAUGAGGCGGCUGAGGGAGGAGGAAGCAGCGAUCAGACGGAGGAUUGAAGAGCAGGAAAGGAGGUUUAGAGAGGAAGAAGAGUUAAGAAGAAGAAGAUUUGAGGAAGAGGACCUGAGAAGAAGAAGACUCCAAGAGGAAGAUCAUUUACUCCAGCUUAGAGUAAAGGAAGAGGAAGAGAUGACACAGGUUCAAGAGGAAGAGGAAGGACAAGAAGAGGAAGGAGGAGGAAUGAAUGAGGAGGAGGAGGAGGGAGGGGAAGAAGGAGGAAAUGAAGAAGAAGAAGAAGAAGGCGGAGGAGAAGAGGAGGAAGAAGAAGAAGAGGAAGAGGAAGAAGACUCAGAUGAAAGUAAAUAAAAAAAAAAUAAAAAAAAUAAUAUGGGAGACCACCACCACCACCACCACCUCCAAAAAAGAGCAGAAGAAAAAAAAACAAUAAAGAAGAAAAACAAAAACAAAGAAGAAAAGAAGAAAUGACCACAAAAAUUCGGCAACUUUCAAAAUUCACAAAACCAAAAACCAAAAAUAAUAUAAAAAAACAAAAUAAACAAAUACAAAAAAAAAAGUCCCUUCCGCCACUUCUCGAAAAAAACAAAAAAGAAAAAAAACGAGAUCUACGAAGAUACUUUUUUGACCCUGUGAACAUACUUUUUGACAACACCGCUCACCACCACCACCACCACCCACCUUAACUGGCACCCGGUUUCCACUCACCUGGGCGUGGAGGAGGAGGAGGAGGAGGAGGAGGAGGAAGAGGAAGUAGAGGAGGAGGAACAAGCGAAAGGCAAUAUCUGAUGACGGGAACUCCACCCUGGUCACUAACCUUGUCAGAAUCGUCCCCUUUUUCUCCCUCACCCCUUCCCUCCCUUCCCUUCGCUCCCCUCCCACGUCCCCUUUUUAGAAGCCCCCGUCACUCGCGCUAUGCUUCACUAUGCUCUACCGAACGACACUUUCCGAAACAGUCGACUGAACCGUUUGAGGCUUCGAAAUAUGAUGAUGAUGAUAAUGAUGAUAACUGAGAUGAUUAGGAUGACAAAAUUAAUGAUUAUGAUAUUGGUAAUGCUUUAGGCCUGUUCUAAUUGCACGGAGAGAUGAUUUGAUAGAGAACCCAAUUACAGCUCACUCCAUACAAGGUUAUAAUGAUAUGGAUAUGAGUGAUGUAAUUAUAGGCAAAGGAUAAUUAGUUACAUGCAAAGUAAAAAUUUAUGUGUAAUUAAAAUGAUUAAUAAGAAAACAAGUUACCAUAAACGAUCAAAAUUAUGGAAACUAGAAUUCCGUGCGAUCAAAAUUUGAAAUGAAAAAGAAAACCGAAAUUAUUUAUACGAAUCAGUUAUUAGAGAGUUAAAAGUUAAACGCCAAAUUAUAUUCAAGACCAAAUUAUAGAUAAACUCAAUGUUAUAUGUGUACAGAAACACCACCACCACCACCACCACUACAUCACCACCCAUACCAAUACAGUUAAAAAUCACCACCACUAUCACCACUCCGGUCAAACACACCCACCACCACCACCCUAACAGUUCAACACCACCUCAACACCAGCUCACCACACCUCAGCACCACACCUCCACGGUCUGUCUGUCUCGUCUGUCGUUUCGUCCUGUCCCGGGGGCCGCAUAACCACCCUGAAGGCCAUGAAGGCGUCUCUUUAAGGAGUUCCUGUGAGGUUACGAGGCCGAGGGGGCGCCCACGAAGAAGAUGGAGAACAGAAAACGGAGAACUGAUUAGGGAGGAGGAGGAGGAGGAGGAGAGGGAUGAUAAUAAUAAUGAAAGAGAAUGAAACAAUGAUGAUUUUUCGGUAAUCAAUUAAUUUCUUACUCAGUUGUUUCUGGUGGCAGUCUUGCAUGUUUUAAUUACCCCCAUUUGUUAUUCCGCUAGUUAAUUUUAUUGCUUGAUUCUUCUUGCCUAUUAUUAUUCUUUACUUUGUUGAUUUCUUUGUUUAUGUCUUUAUUAUUCGGUUUAACUCAUCUUUAUUGCACUUGUUUUUUUAAAGAUUUCAAGUGAUUCGAUUUUUUUUUCAUUCCAGUUUUCAUUUUUUUUCUUUUCCAGCAUUUUGUUCCGUUAUAUGCGAGAUGUAAUACACUUUUUAUUUCACGAUCUCUCGCUCAAGUUACUUUUCUUCAGUGCGAUCUCAUUUCCAGCGCCACAAAACCAGAAACACGAACAAUUACGCAAAAAACUUCUCCCUUGAAAUACCCGAAACAAAAAUAAUAUACGCGAAACCCCCCCUUAAGAUAAUCUCCCUUGAAAUACCAAAACAAAAAAAUUAUAUACGCGAAACCCCCCCUUAAGAGAAUCUCCCUUGAAAUACCAAAACAAAAAUAAUAUACGCGAAACCCCCCCUUAAGAGAAUCUCCCCUGAAAUACCAAAAACAAAAAUAAUAUACGCGAAACCCCCCUUUAAGAGAA